GCACAGAAACCGCGAGAAACCAAAACUCAGAGAAGAAGAGGAAACAAAAAAAGUCUCUGUCUUUCUUCUUCCCGUCGUUUCCGGUAUCUGCAUUUCUCUCAGGGUCCAAGUUUCUCUGAGGAAGAGGAUUUUUGUAAAGAAUCCAGUAGAGAAGUGAAACCGUAGAGCUUCUUCUAUUCAAGAAUCCUCUGAGAAACUUUGAUAUAUAUUUAUAGUUUGCUAAUAACAUCUGGUGUUGUUAUGGACAUAAAAUCUGGUCACUCGUCUCCUGUAAUGACUGAUUCUCCACCGAUAAGCAACUCAAGAUUAACCAUUCGUCAGAAUAGACUCCCUUACUCAUCAGCAGCAGCCACGGCUAUCUCACAGAACAGCAAUCUCUUACUAACCGUUCCAAGAAAGAAAACUGGGAUCCUUGAUGAUGUUAAGUCUAAUGGUUGGCUUGAUGCGAUGAAAUCUUCUUCUCCUCCUCCAACUAUACUUAACAAAGAUAAUUUAAGCAGUGAUGCUGCGGAUAUGACUUAUCGCGAAUGGACGCAGCUCAAGUAUCCAUCAGCUCUUAGUUCUUUUGAGAAAAUCAUGAAUUUUGGAAAGGGUAAAAGAAUAGCAUUGUUUCUUGAUUAUGACGGGACACUUUCGCCUAUAGUUGAGGAACCUGAUUGUGCAUACAUGUCAAGUGCUAUGCGUAGUGCAGUGCAAAACGUUGCCAAGUAUUUCCCAACCGCGAUCAUUAGUGGAAGAAGCCGUGAUAAGGUGUAUGAGUUUGUUAAUUUGAGUGAACUUUAUUACGCUGGAAGCCAUGGAAUGGACAUCAUGAGUCCCGCAGGAGAAUCUCUAAACCACGAACAUAGCCGUACUGUAUCAGUUAACGAACAGGGGAAAGAUGUAAAUCUAUUCCAGCCUGCUAGCGAGUUUCUACCGAUGAUUGAUAAGGUGCUUUGUUCGCUUAUAGAGAGUACAAAAGAUAUCAAAGGGGUAAAAGUAGAAGACAACAAGUUCUGCAUCUCUGUGCAUUACCGCAAUGUAGAAGAAAAGAACUGGGCAUUGGUUGCACAGUGUGUUGAUGAUGUCAUCAGAACAUAUCCAAAACUACGGCUAACACAUGGCCGGAAGGUUUUAGAGAUCCGUCCUGUGAUUGACUGGGACAAAGGGAAAGCUGUGACAUUCCUACUUGAAUCUCUCGGCCUAAACAACUGUGAGGAUGUUCUUCCAAUCUAUGUCGGGGAUGAUCGAACAGACGAAGAUGCAUUUAAGGUAUUACGAGAUGGACCAAACCACGGUUAUGGUAUAUUAGUCUCUGCUGUGCCCAAAGACAGCAAUGCCUUUUACUCGCUUCGUGACCCGUCUGAGGUGAUGGAGUUUCUGAAAUCAUUGGUGACAUGGAAGAGAUCAAUGGGUUAAGUAGCAGAAGAAGUAGAAGAAAGUGGUUAACGUUAA